AUGUCAUCUCUUCGACCAAUAAUUUCUCCAUCUAUUCUUAAUUCAAAUUUGGCAAAUCUUGCUGCAGAAUGUCAAAAGUUACUGGGUGCAGGGGCUGAUUUUUUACAUUUAGAUGUUAUGGAUGGACAUUUUGUUCCUAAUUUAUCUUUUGGGCCACCUAUUGUAGAGUCACUUAGAUCAUCACUUGGAUCAAAACCUUUUUUUGAUGUUCAUUUAAUGGUUUCUAAUCCUGAUUUUUGGGUUGAACCAAUGGCAAAAGCUGGUGCUAAUCUUUUUACAUUUCAUUUAGAGGUUGUAAAAGAUGAGAAAGAAAUUAAUAAUUUAAUUGAAAAAAUUAAAAGUUCAGGGAUGAAAUGUGGUAUGGCAAUAAAACCAAAAACGUCUGUUGAUAUGUUAUUACCUUACUGUGAUAGAAUUGAUUUAGCUCUUGUAAUGACUGUUGAGCCAGGCUUUGGUGGACAAAAAUUUAUGAAUGAUAUGAUGUCUAAAGUUAAAAUAAUAAGAAAAAAUUUUCCAAAUAUUGAUAUAGAAGUUGAUGGUGGUGUUAGUGAGGAUAAUGUAAAUAUUUGUAGUGAAUCUGGAGCAAAUGUUAUUGUUAGUGGAACAGGUAUUAUUAAAGCUCCAUCACAAGAAGAAACCAUUAGAAAUAUGAAGAAUAUUGUAAGUAAAUCACUUGAAAAAUAUUAA